AUGCCUAUAGUUGAAAUCAUUUUUUUGAUCAUUUUUGAAAUUGUGUCUUUUAUUGGUAUUUUGGAAAAUGGAUUCAUUAUAGUUGUGAAUGGACACCAAUGGUUCCAAAACAGGAAGAUGAUCCCUUGUGAUUUCCUUCUGACCAKCCUGAGUUCCUCCAGGUUUAUCAUGCAGUUGGGUUUUCUCAUAUACCACAUUUUGUACUUCAMUCUAAAUAUUAAUUUACAGCUUUUCUUGGGGGAUGUUAUUUUCUUUUGGUGGAUGUUUUUCAACACGAUCAGCAACUGGUGUGCCACGUGGCUGAGUGUUUUCUAUUGUGUAAAGGUUGCCAACUUUGCCAACCCCCUCUUCCUCUGGCUGAAAGCAAGGAUCAAUGUGCUUGCASCCAGGCUGCUUGGACUGUCCRUAGCCAUUKUCACAGUCUCUUGUCUUCCUUCACUUGUUGAUUAUUUUGGACACACAAAGUGGUACAAUCUGACAGAGACUCUGCCGGAAAAUGCCAGCCGAAGAGAUGUUUAUGUCAUCGCUCUCAUUAUUUUUCUUCCCAUGCAAUUUUCUUUUUAUGUCAUAAAUUUGUGUGUAAGUACAAUUGCAUUCAUUCUUUUGCUUGUCUCUCUGUGGAGACACACAAGAAAUCUAAAGAAAAGUGGUGUUGGUGUUAAGGACCUCAGCACUCAGGUCCACAUUAAAGUCAUGGCAUUUUUGUUGUUCUGGUUUUUCUUCUACUUCAUAGAUUUCAUUGCUCUGAUCAUUUAUGCUGACUUCCUUAAUAAUAUGAAUAAGACUGGGAGAGUUCUAGGACUACUUCUUGGCAUCUGGAUGUCUGUGUUUCCUUCUGCACACUCUAUUAUAUUAAUCUUAACCAAUCCUAAACUGAAAGAAAUGUAUACUUGCAUCAUAAAAGUAAUGUAUGCUCACAUCAUGAACAUCAGACACAGCACUUCAUAG